UUUAAGCUUUUUUCAUGUGGCAACGUCAUAUCAGUCAGUCAACAUGGCGGCCCAAGAUGAAGUUGACGUAUGUGAAAGUUGGGAGGAUAUGGACGAAAUUGGCUUGGACCAGAAGAUCAGGCUGAUGUCAACUGACUGCGCGCCAGUGCAAACUUCACUCAAAGGUUGCAAGGUUACUGUUGAAGAGAACGCGUGUAUCGGAUCUCAGUGCGUGAUGCCGGAGCCAGCAAUCCGUAUCCUCAAGAGGCCAUCUUCAUCGGGCAGUGGGCAGCUAAAUGGCGAGAGUCGCGCGCGCCCGGUAAAAACACUUGAACAAAGGCAAAAGGAGUACGCCGAGGCUAGGCUGCGGAUCUUGGGUGAAGCCCGUAGCCCUGAGGAUGUUAUUGAUGACAACCUCGGCCGACUACAAGACAAGUUACAAGUCAUCAAUCUCAACGACAAUCAAAAUAGUAGUAGUAAGACAAAAACUCCGCCAUGUGACAAUAAUACCAAAGGAAGGGAACGGAAAGUUCUACCGCGCCUUCCACCAGGAGCCACGGCUUCAGGAGUGUUCCCAUCCCCCCCACCGCGCGGUGUGCUCGUCAUCAGAACUCCCAGAGGUCCUGACGGCACAAAAGGCUUCCAGAAAAGGUAGCACCACCGACACACUCAAUCAAUUCACUCACAAAGACGUAAUUCACUUCCAUCCAUUCAAACUACCCAUACAUUGUUAAAUUACCAGUUGUGCUGUUAUUUUGAUAUUAGUGUAAUAAUUAUUUCACAGUUUUUAAUUGGUUUAUAGCGGUCUGUUUACAUGUCUUGCCUGGACUAUUUAUAGAUGGGAACAUGUACAUUUUGCAAGUCGUAAAUGUAUGAUUCAUGUCCAAACAUUACUGUGUAAAUUGUAAGACUUGUUUCCCAAUUGAGGCAGACUGAUUUAGCAUGCAUUAUACUUAGCUACAUUAUCAUUUGCGGGUCUACGCUCUAUAUACAUUCAAUUAUGUUUAGGUGAAUUAUACACUGAUUAGUGUAAGCACUUUGCAUAUUGCUUAACCUUAAGUGGUUGUGCCAAGCAUUUGCUGACUGAUUUCUGCCUAUUAGGUAAUCAGUUAUAUUAACACAAGAGUAAAUAACCUUCAAUUGUAAGACCCCAAGUCUAUGUAAUAUCAUUAUUAUGAAAUUAAGGGAUGAAUUAAAAAUUGUGAAAUGAUGUAAAAUUAAUGAGUGCUCACUUCAGGGAACAAUGUUAUUGUUAUAAUAUUAUAUAGAACAGAACAUUGUAAUAGAUUCAUAGAGAUUUUACUAAAUGAACACCCUGACAAAAUUACGUGUGCAUUUACAUAAUUAUAUGAGCAUAAUUUAUAGUUACAUUUCAAAUGAAAACUACAACAUUGUAUGAAUUUAGGCAAAUGAUGACUAAUUAACUAUUACCAUUGUGUGAAUACGAUUUAUAUAUUACUAAAAAUUCAAAGUUUUAGUGUUAAACUUUUUAUAUACAGUUUUUCUACAUGUAUAGCGUAUUUUUAGGGUUAAGAUAUUGCUAAUUGUAUAUUUAUAGUAUAUUAUUUUACUAUGUUAAGUUUUUCAAUGCUUACAUAACGUUUGUGUGGAUUCUACGAAGCUAAGGAGGGAGGGCACUCAAUCUGAUGUUCCCUUAUUACCUAUAGACGAAUAAAGCUCUUAAAAUUAUGGUCAUAGUGACUAUUUCGACUCCAUAGAAUAGUGUAGAAUGCACACAAACAUUGUGAAUAUGCAUUUAAAGUGUGACUGAUAUUGUGUGUAUGUGAUUUGACCAGAUAUUAUUUUGAUUAUAAUUAUUUUAAGCGUAUAUUUAUGAUAUACAUUGGCGCUUAUUUUCUUGUACACUAACUUGUACCAUUAUCUUUAAUUUCAUUGAGUAAUAUUAUUCCUGCUGAAUUAGUAUUAUUAUUCUUCGUGUUUCUAGUCUACACCUCUUCUAAUCAAGUGUGAGCUUCUAACAACAAUUCUCAUUGCUAUCUCUAGAUUUUGUUAUUGUUACAAAUUGUAGCUAUCUCUAACGCCCAAAUACUGAAAGGAUACGAGCUUUAGUCUAAUGGCAAAUCUGACUUCAGAAUGAGAUCAUAGUUGCAAGUACCUAGUUUAGGUAACAUUAGAACAUUUUAGACUUAUUUUGUACUUAAACUGGGUAUUGUAACAAAACUCGACUUUCAUGGACUAAUUUAAGUGUAAAGUCUUAAACCGGUUGCUGACAUCUGGUCUAAACUACAUUAGUUUACUUUGUAUAGUCGACGCAGUUUUCCAAGCUUGUGUGCAAGCCAUAAACUAUGCGACAAGUAUGAAAAACUGCUAUGGAAACUAAACUUACUUAGCUUUUAUGCCUUGUUCACACUCCGCUAAUAUUUUAGUCGAGUAACGAAUAUUCAGUAAUCCUCUCUCGCUUCUAUCCCAAAAUGGAAGUGAGAGUGAACUACUGAAUAUUCGCAACCCGACUAAGUUACUAGCGUAGUGUAAACAGGGCAUAAAAGUCUGCAACUGGCUGGAGACUAAUGUUAGUGUACAAUAAAAUAAGCAAUAAUACUCAAUAAGACUGUUAUGGCCUCACUGUAAAUAAAGUAUCUUAUAUACUUUCAGUGUUAGUUAAUUUUUAGCUAUUUGUGUGUACAGUUGAACUAAGAUAUCAAGGUACACUUCAUAAUAAGUGGUUCAAAUAUAAUAAUGGGCCUAUAAUUUGAAUAGUAGAUGAAAAAUGUGCAUCUUUUGAAGAAGAAAAGCUGUUGUGUUGGGUGUAUCUAUCUAAUUCUGAUGCAUUUUAGAAUUAUUCUAAUGAAGAGCUUAUAAUAAGCUUUUCCAUUUCUAGUUCGGGUUAAACGUAAAGAAGAAGUGAAUAAGUAAGAAAAGAGCGUAUCCCUUAAAAAGCCGGCAACGCACCUGUGACUCUCCUCUGGUGUUGCGGGUGUCCAUGGGCGGCGCUGAUCGCUUACCAUCAGGUGAUCCGUCUUCUCGUUUACCUCCUAUUACAUAAAAAAAUGCGUUUUCAAGAUUUUUUGUAGUAGGCAACAAAACUUGUUUGUAAAAUGGCAUUUUGCUUGCAUCUAGGCUUUAAUACGGGACUAAAUAUUUAUAUUUUAUGAAAAAUAGAUAGACGGAGUAUAUAACUGUGGCUAUAAAGAUUCUUAAUUCAACUGUACAUACAAUAAUAAAUAAAUGUAAUCAAAAUAAUAAUGGUCGUGACAAACCAACGCUAGUGUAAGUCUACAUUGUAACAAGGAUUGUGAUAUAGAGUUAAUUGUCUAUUGCAAACCUUACUCAACUGUCAAGUUGACUGUACAGAUAACAGAAAUACACUCUUAUCAUAUUA